GACGCGCGCAAAGCGGUUUUCGCUGGAUUCUCUGGAACGGGGUUGUCCUGGAUUCUCUAUCAGUUUCAGAAGAGAGAGAGCGGUUUUGCGAGCUCUGAAGGUGGUUUUGUAACGGUUUACUGGUUCUCGUUACGGUUUUUGGAUUCGGCGAUCGUUACAGAUUGAGAGAGAGUGUGUGUAAAGUCUGUGUUCAAGAAUCGAAAAAGUUCGUAUUAACUGCUUGUUAUCCAUUGAUUAUUAUUAAUAAUCAUAAUUAUGGAGCUUUAAUUACUCUGGUGAUUGUACGUGUAUAACGAGCUAAAUUAGGUAGAGAGAGGGAGAGGGUGCGCUUUUGUGUGACUUUCACGGUUUGUUUCAACGAUGGCGAGUCGGGUCGGGUCGUUUUCGCAACCGAGUAGCGAUGGUUCAGAUUUGUACACGGAGCUAUGGAAGGCUUGUGCGGGGCCUUUAGUGGACGUGCCGAAAUCUGGAGAGAGGGUCUAUUAUUUUCCACAAGGACACAUGGAACAGUUAGAGGCUUCGACAAAUCAGGAACCAAAUCAACAAAUUCCGUUGUUUUCUCUUCCAUCGAAGAUUCUAUGUCGUGUUAUCAACGUUAAUCUUCUGGCUGAGCAAGAAACAGAUGAGGUUUAUGCACAGAUUACUUUGCUGCCAGAACCAAAACAAGAAGAACCUACAACUCCUGAUCCAUGCCCUUCUGAAACUCCAAGGCCCACAGUUCACUCAUUCUGCAAGGUUUUAACUGCCUCUGAUACAAGUACCCAUGGUGGGUUUUCUGUUCUCCGGAAACAUGCUACUGAGUGUCUUCCUCCGCUGGACAUGAGUCAGCAAACCCCAACUCAGGAGUUGGUGGCCAAAGACCUUCAUGGGUAUGAAUGGCGAUUUAAGCAUAUUUUCAGAGGUCAACCCAGGAGACAUUUGCUGACAACAGGAUGGAGUACAUUUGUUACUUCCAAGCGAUUAGUUGCUGGGGAUACCUUUGUAUUCUUGAGGGGAGAGAACAGGCAACUGUUUGUUGGUGUAAGGCGUCUUGCUCAUCAACAGAAUAGCAUGCCAUCAUCUGUGAUUUCAAGCCAGAGCAUGCACUUAGGUGUGCUUGCUACUGCAUCUCAUGCUGUUGCAACCAAGACCCUCUUUCUUGUGUAUUAUAAGCCAAGGACCAGCCAGUUCAUCAUCAGCUUGAACAAGUACUUAGAGGCUGUGAACAAUAAAUUUGCAGUUAGCUUGAGGUUUAAGAUGAGGUUUGAAGGGGAGGAUUCCCCUGAGAGAAGGUUUUCGGGCACAAUUAUUGGAGUUGAAGACUUUUCUUCUCAAUGGAAAGAUUCAAAAUGGCGAUCACUGAAAAUUCAAUGGGAUGAGCCUGCAUCUAUUACGAGACCUGAUAGAGUUUCACCAUGGGACAUAGAACCUUUUGUGGCGAUACCCUCUAAUCCUGCUCCACUAGUUUCAAUGAAGAACAAAAGGCCUCGACCACCUAUUGAAAUUUCAUCUCUUGAUUUGACUUCAACUGCAUCAGCGCCUUGGAAUUCCACUGUGACGCAGUCCCAUGAUGUAACACAGCUGAGUGUUACUGAAAACAAAAGAAGUGAUAAUCAUGCCUCAUGGCAUAAUAAGCAGACUGAAUUUAACAGCAAUGGCAACUCUUUGUCUAGAGCUCAGACUGAUGGAGAGUGGCUAGUUUCCCCACAUGUCAGUUUCUCUCAGCAGCUGUUUCCAGAUGCUGUUGAUGAUAAUAAAAAUGUUACUGCUUGGCAUGCUCUCCAUGGCUACUCAACUCCACACUCAUCAAAGGUCAACAAUGACCCAAUGCUUGACCGAGUUGAAACUGGGAGGAAAACUGAGAGGGCUGCUAGCUGCCGAUUGUUUGGCAUUGAUCUUGUAAAUCAUUCUAUGAGCUCUACUGCAGUGGAUAAAGCAGCUGCAUCUAGUGUUGCCACAGAAGGACACAAUCUUGGUACCCUGUCAGCAGGUGAUUCAGACCAUAAAUCUGAUCUUUCAAAGACUUUUAGAGAAAAGAUACAUGAACAGUUGCAGGUUUCACCAAAAGAGAUUCAGACUAGGCAAAGUAAUUCUACAUCUGCCAGAAGUCGCACCAAGGUGCAAAUGCAGGGGGUUGCUGUUGGUCGGGCUGUGGACUUGACCAUAUUGGAAGGGUAUGAUCAGCUUAUAAAUGAGCUUGAGGAGAUGUUUGACAUAAGGGGACAGCUUCACACUAGGAACGAGUGGGAAAUUGUUUAUACUGAUGAUGAAGGGGAUAUGAUGCUUGUGGGUGAUGAUCCAUGGGUUGAAUUCUGUAACAUGGUGAGAAGAAUCUUCAUAUGUUCAAGCCAAGAUGUAAAGAAGAUGAGUGCAGGAAGCAAACUUCCUAUAUCUUCUAUUGAAGGUGAAGGAACUUUGCUAAGCUCUGAUUCAGCCGAAAAUUGAAUAACGGUUACUUUCUUUUCUCCCCUUCUGUUUCUCCUUUUUGUCUAUUCGAUUUUCUUGUGUCACCAUUGUCGUCUGAUGUUGGGUUUGGUUUAAUUCUGGGGGCUCAAAGUUGGACAGGAAGGAGAAAGCGGACUAAUUGGUAGCUUGUUUUUAAGAGUUAACUAUCAAAGAAAGACUGAUAGAAAAAUUGACUGGGUUUUUCAGAACCAAUAGGUCAUAAUGCUGUAGUUGAGUUAGAUGAAACUGUAGGGUUUAUGUGUAUAUGUUGGGUGGGAAGGGAUUAAGGAUCACUGUUUAUUAUUUUGGCUGUAAAUGUAAAUGUGCUUUGUCAGUUGAAAUCUUGGUCUUGGGUGAGCUGAAAUUUAAGUCCUUUGGGUCAAUGCAUUGGGCUCUUUUUGUCUUCAAACCUAAACCCUCAUAAAUUGACUUACUUUGUCCAUCUAA